CAUUUAAGAACGUCAUAAUCACGGACUUUUAAUUUGAAAAUCCCGUGAACGCGCUGGCGUUGGGUUUUCCGCGAACAUGGAGGCGGUUGUGUCAGAACUAGUGGCACCUGAAGAUCUAAAGAGAUUUGAGAAGAAGUAUAACGCUGAGCUGGUGAAAGGACCCGUUUGCAGGGAAACCACAUUUGAGUAUGCCUGGUGUUUGAUCAGAAGCAAGUACUCCAAUGACAUUGUGAAAGGCAUUCAGCUGCUGGAAGAACUGGUUUCUACAAGCAAAAAAGAUGAUCAGAGAGAUUUUCUCUUCUACCUUGCCGUUGCAAACUACAGACUUAAGGAGUAUGAGAGAGCACUGAAGUACAUUCGUACUCUGCUGAAGAAUGAACCAGAUAAUAAACAGGCCCUGGAACUGGAGAAACUCAUCAACAGUGCACUAAGAAAAGAUGGUUUAGUUGGCAUGGCGAUCGUCGGCGGUAUCGGUUUAGGUGUGGCGGGAUUGGCUGGUCUUAUUGGUUUGGCUGUGAGCAAAGGUCCUAAGUCCUAAUAUGGAGUUCCUGAAGAGCGUACUUUGAUUCUGUUCCUCUCCAGAAGAGAGACUUAAUGAUCUCGUAUAAUCCUAUAAUCAAAGAAAACCAUGAGGAGGCCCGUGCUUUUUUAUUUUGUAUUUUUCUGAAAUGACUUCAAUGACAUUUUGAGCGCUCAUAUUUUAUCAUGUUGCUUUUUGCUUUACGAUUCUUCGGCUCUUUUUGGUAUGUGUAGAGAUGUGGGGUUAGGAUAAAGUAAUAAGUUAUGGGUUUUUCCUCUGAAGCCUUUCAUUUUUCAAAGGAAAUGAAACUUCAGAGGCUUUUCCAGGGACUUGCAGUACAAGAUAAGAUAUAUUGUGAUAAUAUGCACUUUUUAUUUAAUAUAUAUAAAUAUACUUACACUAUAGAUAAGUAAUAUGGAACAUUUUUGAUAAACUACAUUAAAACCUCAUGUCUGUUAAUGAAUUAAAAUGUGUGGUGACUGAACUAAUAAGGUGUGUUUACAUGCAUUGCACGUGUGACCAGCCUUGCAGUGCAUUUUCUUACAAGUAAUCGUUGUCAGCACCUUGUUUAUUACCUAUUGGUUUAUGUGUGCUGUCAAGUGUAUCAUCUUCCCUGCCUUGUGUGCAUUUUAUACUGAAACAUCUGCAAAGAAAAAGCACAUUUUGGCCAGUGUUUCCUUUGUCCUCCACACAUUGUUAAUAUGGAUCAAGAAAUUGGAAUCAAGGCCAUCAUUCAACAAGCAAGGUAUUUUAAGACAAGGAAUAGGCAGAUGAAGGGAUUUAUUGAAUGAAAUCUUCUAAGACAGGGUUCCCAUGUUAAAAUUGUGAUUUCCAGAAUAUUUAAUUGCCUAGAAUUUGCUCUUAUUGAGUGCAAUCUCUAUAAAAUUAUUAAGAAAGUCUUAAAAAAGAAUUAGUCAAAAGAUCUGGGAAUCAUGUUGAGAAAAAGCUGAUUGCGAUCUGAAGCGGCUGGUUAAAUAAUCACUCACAAACUGGUUGUCCUCCAUGCAUCAUUAGACCAGACACUCAGAUGUGGGAGUAUCUCCAACACUGAUUUAAGUCAACAACUACAAGGCCUUGAAAGUAAAAAAAAUGUGUUGUAAAACAUGUUUAUUUAAGAUAAUAGCUGAUAAUGGCAUUCAAUUUAAUGUUGGGUUCAAUUUGUACUUCCCACAUUAUUCAUCGCAGGCACAUGUUAAGACAUCUCAGCUUUACAAUGCUGGCUUUAUGGUUGCCAUUAGUAACAUCAUUUUAUAACACAGUAUUCAGGUUACUAAUUAACAGGUAAAGCAAAUGAUGAGAAGUCUGAUGCACAAGCUGUUCUCUCUCCUAUUUGUGACUUUGCUGGCAUUACAUUCUGCUGGUCGUGUCUAAACUUUGUUUGUGGGACAAACUAAAAUCUGCAGUGAAAUGAAAGGGCGAACAAACUUGUGAAUAAAGAUGUGAUAAUAAAGAUUAAAGUCAUGUUCCCAAAC